AUGGCGGACAACCUGAAGAAGCUGGUCUCCAAGGAGAACUUACUAGCGCUGCAGGAAAAGCUCAACUCGUGGGCGAAGGACUACAACAAAAACACAUGCGAUGAAAACCUGAAUGUUUGCCUUGAACUUAUUGAACAAGUUGCCAAAUUGCAGGGGCAGCUCUUCACAAUUCUCACAUCAGCAGCCCAAGAAGGAGGACAUAAUGAGGGUGUGGAAAUAAUCAAACUACGUCUUCUGCCUUGGCUGGAAGCUGCUUUUACUGCUGCUUCAACAGGAAAAGCUCUUGACAGUAAAGUCCCUUCUCUACAGAACACCUUUGAUAGGGAGAAAAAUAAAGACACUAAUAUUCAGGAUGUAGAUCUACAACAAUUAGACAAUGACAUGAAGGAAACCCGUGAACAACUCAACCAGGUUCAAGACGAUUUGCCUGAGGCUGGAAAGCCUCUUGAAGAAUCCAAGAAUAGAUCAACUGUAUCUCUCUUGGCUGCAGAGGAGGAAAUAAAUCAACUAAAGAAGCAGCUUAAAUCACUUCAAGCCCAGGAAGAUGCCCGCCACAGAAACUCAGAACCUAGACGUUCAGAACAGUACAGAUCAGAACGUAGUUCCAUCAAGCGCACCUCAGAACAACGACACAUAGACAAGACACCCCGUGUUUCAGAGCAGCGGAACUCAGAGAUAGCUGACUAUGAGAAACAGGUCCGAAACCUGAAGGAUGAGAUAGCUGUUCUGUCUUCUGAAAAGACUGGUCUCCAAGGAAGGUCUGCCAGAAGCCGGUCUCCUAGCCCUGUCCAGCGUAGCCACAGAGACAGCCGCAGUCGCAGCCCCAACCGCAGCCGCAGCAGGAGCCGCUCUGGCAGCCCCUCGGUUGCAAUCGCCAAGGUCAGAAGUCCAUCCCCGAAUCGUUCCAAAAUGUCCAGCGUGGCGCGCAAGGCCGCGCUGCUGUCCCGGUUCAGUGACGCUUACUCCCAGGCCCGCCUGGAUGCCCAGUGCCUGCUGCGGCGAUGCAUCGACAAGGCGGAGACCGUGCAGAGGAUCAUCUACAUCGCUACCGUGGAGGCGUUCCACGUGGCUAAAAUGGCAUUCAGACAUUUCAAGAUCCGGGUGAGGAAGUCACUGACGCCGUCUUACGUAGGGUCCAACGACUUUGAGACUGCUGUCUCCGAGUAUAUCAUCUGUCACCUUGAUCUAUAUGAUUCCCAAAGCAGUGUUAAUGAUGUGAUCCGAGCCAUGAAUGUCAACCCUAAGAUCUCCUUCCCUCCUGAAGUUGACUUUUGCCUCCUCAGUGACUUCAUCCAGGAGAUUUGCUGCAUUGCUUUUGCAAUGCAGUCUUUAGACCCACCUCUUGACAUUGCAUUCGGGGCUGAUGGAGAAGUCUUUAAUGAUUGCAAGUACCGCCGAAGCUAUGACUCAGAUUUUGCUGCUCCCUUGGUCUUUUAUCACGUCUGGCCUGCUCUCAUGGAGAACGACUGUGUCAUUAUGAAGGGAGAAGCUGUCACCAGAAGAGGGGCUUUUUGGAAUUCGAUGCGAUCUGUAAGUCGUUGUCGAAGCAGGAGUUUAAGUCCCAUCUACCCACGUAGCCACAUUGGUUUAAGUACGAUGUCUCGAAGCCGGAGUCCUUCUCCAGUAAGAUGUUUGUUGCCAAGAUUUUAAAGCCACCAGACAUGUUCCUUCGCCACACUCCAGGGUAACAGCCAAGUUCUCCAGUGCCUCCAUCUGCCUGCCUGCCUUGUCUGCCUCUGACCUCACUUAACAUGAUAUGAAAAGGCAAUUCCGUGUAUCACUCCACACAGAGAGUUAAACGUUUUGUCUUAGCGCAUUUGUAACUUUAGGUACAUUGCAUUUGAUUUAUACUUUCUAGGUACAAAUUCCAUUAAUUUCAUAAAAACGAUUGUAUAGGCAUUUAGGAUCAUAUUCAUUCGAAGCAAAGUCCAUUACAUAGAUUCAGGAUUUCCAUUCUGAAAUAUGGGGCUCUUUUAUAGCAACCCUGUGGACAAAAGUAGAAAUUCUGCUUAUCGUGCUAAAUCUAAAAGGAAGGCUAAGUCACUCAGUUUACCAAUUAUAAAUGCUACAAUUGCUUAUAUCAACUUUUAACCUGAAACCAAAAUUGGUUGUUUAAAUUGGCUUUUAAUGCUUAGAAGUUAGUGCUAGUCUCAGGUUGGAGAACUUAGAGCAGUAGUAGCAGUGAUUUAGAGUUAAAUGUAGAAGAUAAUAACAUAUAACAUAAUUUUAAUUGGUUUGCUUAUUCUUACUUGGAGAGUGUCUCAUUUGGAUUCCUGGAGAACCACAUGUCAAAGUCAACUUUCAGAUGAAUGAUUUGAUUGAGGCCAACUUGAGAUAAAUAUUAAUUACUCUGUGUUUAUCUCCUAGGAAUUUUCUAUUUUAAUGCAUGUGUUAAAUAUAAAUAUAAAGUUACCAGGGAGCUGUCCUUUAUCAGCUUCACCUAGUUGUUUGCAAGUUCAGACCUCCUUGAACUCCAUUCAAGGCCCCAAACUAAGGUGUCAUUUAUUUA